GUAGAAUACUCUUGAUUGUUCGAGGCGAGUCAGUUGCACAAAAAGGCGCUAUUGACUAUCGAAACCAGCUCUCAAAAUGGGUAACUUAUUAAAAGUGCUCUCAGUUUUUCUUUUGCUUGGCUACUCAUUUGCGCAGAUUGUUGAAGAUAUUUACGAUAAAAAUUCCACAGUGAUAACCACACGGAAUGUGACAGCAUUCACCGGAAAAAUUAUUGUGAAGGAAGUUAGUAAACCUCAUAAUUUAUUUAUUGGCAGAUGCACAAAAAAGUAUCCGAUACUUCACCAGGAAAAUAUAGUAGUAAAUAACGAUGGUCAAAGUAUACUAUCAUCAAAUAUAGUAAUAAAUGUAGAUGGUCCCGUUUCUAUAGCUUGUGUUAAUAUAUCCGAUGAGGAUCCAGAAGUGUCUGCGUAUCCCAGCUAUGUAUCUGGAGGAAUAGGCCACAAUUACGUGGAAUUCAAUGUGCAAACCACAUAUGGCAAAGGGUUCAAAUUUUACGUUCAGAUUUUUGGUAAUUUAACUGCUAAGCCUUACUCGUGACCCUACUUACUUGAAGUAGUGUUGCGAUGCUUCUUAAUCAAAUAUAUUACUAGUACAAAAAAAACAUAGGAAAAUAAAGCGUUAAAAAUCUAGAAGAAA